CUCCCUACACUUCCCUUCAUCCUUCUGAUAUCGGUCUCUGUCAUUUGUAGUCUUCCUGACAUUGCAGAGUGUUAGGGGCAGCUUCUUUUUACAAAGGGGACAAUACAGAAGAAGACAUGAAGUCUUUAGUUCUUUUAGCUACGUUCCUAGUAUUGGGAAGUUGUAAUCCGACCCAACCUACAGAAACCAUUCAAGUCCAGGAGAACUUUGAUCUUCCAAAGAUUUAUGGGAAAUGGUACGAUAUCGCUGUUGGCUCCACGUGUAAAUGGCUGAAGCAACACAAAGAUAAAUACAACGCUGGGACAUUGGAGCUAAGUGAGGGAGAAAGCAGUGAAGAAGUUAAGACUGUGCAUACACGAAUGAGACAUGGAACAUGUUCUCAAAUGACUGGUUCAUAUCAGAAGACAGAUAUUCCCGGUAAAUUCAACUACUACAACCCAAAAUGGAAAGUUACAAUUCAGAAUUAUGUUGUGUUUACAAACUAUGAUGAAUAUGUAAUCAUGCUCAUGAAGAAGAGUAAACACAGUGAAACCACAACCACUGUUAAAUUAUACGGAAGAACGCCAGAGUUACCAAGCCGCUUGACUGAAGAGUUCAGACAGUUUGCUUUGGAACAAGGAGUUCCUGAGGACUCUAUCUUUAUACACACAAACAAAGGUGAAUGUACACCAGGGGACAUUGAGGUUACACAUAGGAGAUCACAGAGAGCUGUUCUGCCUGAGGAGGAGGAAGGAUCUGGAGCAGAUAAUUCUCCUUUAACCAAGAACAAGGGAGAUUCAUGUCGUCUGGAAGCAUUAGCUGGUCCUUGCUUGGGGAUGUACACACGGUAUUUUUACAAUACUUCCUCCAUGGCUUGUGAAACCUUCCAGUAUGGCGGGUGUCUAGGAAAUGGGAACAACUUCCAUGCAGAGAAAGAAUGUCUUCAAACUUGCAGAACUGAAGCUGCCUGCCGUCUUCCUGUUGUUAGUGGUCCAUGUAGAAUGGUGCAGACCCUCUGGACUUUUGACUCAGCACAAGGAAAGUGUGUUACCUUCCAGUAUGGAGGCUGCCAGGGUAAUGGAAAUAAGUUCUACACAGAAAAGGAAUGUAAGGAGUACUGUGGUGUACCCACUGCAAAUGAAGACUUGUUGGAUUUAGCUAUUUGAGGAUCAUCAACUUGGAGAUACUUAUGUUUCUGUACACAUCAUACACCUGUAACUGACGUAUAUAAACCAGACAGACAACAGUUAUUAUACACUGCUUUUUACAGCAUCUAUUCAAUAAACUUGGGUGUUGUUUUUGCACCAUACUUAUUUGCCAUAAAGUAUAAUGCAUGCUUUUAUGCAUUAUUAUGUAACAAUAAUCAAACUUAUUUUCUGCCAGACAGAUCAUAUUAUAAUACAAUUUUAUUUUAAAAACA